AAAGUUAUACAUUCUGCUCUACAAAACUUGUGCCUCUCUUCUGGGACCAGCCCUAUUAGCCCUUCUAGCACAAGCAACAUGGAUAAAUCCCAUUUGAUAGUUGAACUUGCUGAUGCAAAAGCUAGACUUAGGAAACUUCAGCAAGAAGUUGAGGAAAAAAAUGAAGGAAUAACAGAAUUAAAGGAAGAACUAGAGAAAUCCAAAGAAUCUUUAUGUAAACUUCGUCAAGAAAACUUAGAGUUAAUUCAAGAUGCUCGCACAGCAAAAACUUAUCGAGAUGAAAUAGAUAUCUUAAAAGAAAGGGUUCGUAAAGUCGACCGUUUGGAGAGUGAAAUUCAAAGAUACAAAGAUAAAAUGAAUGAAUUAGAUUUCUACAAAUCCAGAGUUGAAGAACUAAGAGAAGACAAUCGAAUUCUUGUGGAGACUAAGUCUAUGCUUGAAGAACAGUUAGAAGCUAGUAGAAAAAGAGCAGAGCAAGUUGUUGAAUUAGAAGCUGAAAUUCUGAAAUAUUGCUCUCAAAUAAAUGAACUUAACAUUGAGCGUGAUUCUGACAAAGAGAAGAUACAGCAGUUGUUAGAAGAAAAUGCUCAACUUCACAUUGAACGAAAAGCUUCAAUGGAAGAAUUGGUUCAGCUGCAAAGUGAACUUUCUCAAGCAUUUACUCAUUCUUCCCCACUAGAAAAUCAUAGUCUAAUGGAGCAACUAAAUACUGAUGCACAAACUCGAGUUCUGCAAUUAGAAUUAGAAAAUCAAAGGCUUCGAAUGUUAGUUGAAAGUCUGAAUCGUUCUCCAUCUUUUGAAAUUACUGAUCCUGAAAGUAUGAAGGAUAUGGAAAAUUAUAUGAAUAAUUUGGAUCUUAAUAGUUGGAAGAACAAAGAGACCUUUGAAAAUAUUGGAAGUUUAAAAAAGGAACAUAAGGCCUUGAAAGAAAAGAACAACAAUCUUGAAAAAGAAGUAGCUGAAUUAAAGCUGACUGUAAAAAAGCUAUCAUCAUUUGAAACUCAGUGUAGUGAAUUGGAAAAACUGGUUGGAGAAUUGAGGCACACUUUGAAAGUUCAACAGUCUGAAAUAGCCAAGUGUGAGCAGCUUGAACAUAAUCUAAACUCCUUAACUACUGAAAAUCAAAAACUUCAAAGAAUUGUUGAGACUAGUCAGCAGAGAAUAAAGGAUUUGCAGCAAGAUCUACAAGCAACUGAAAAUGAAAACCAAAAAUUGAAUAACAACAUGGAAAGCUUGAAACUUUCUGUUCGAAAGUAUCAUGAUCUUGAACGGGAAACAACAAACCUGGAGACUAUAAAUCAUCGAUUAGAACAAGAAAUGAAAGGACUUGAAAAGGAGAAUAAUAGACUGAAAACUGCAAUUGAAUCCAAAGAUUUAACUAUCGAAGAAUAUGCAUCUCGUGUGUCAUACCUUGAUAGAGAAAAUAAGCAGCUUUCUAAAGAAGUUGAAAACUUAAAUCAGGUAGCUGCUAAAGUUCGUGAGUUAGAGCGGGAAAAUAAAGAUUUAAGUCAACAGACUGCUGUUGAUAAAAAGUCCUUAGAGGCCUUAAGACAAGAUUUAGUGUCUGAAAAGAUUGCCAACCAAAGACUGACCAGCGAAAUUUAUAAAGUCAAAUCUAAAAUUGAAAACUGUGAAUCUCCUCAAGAACUUUACUCCUGUGAUAAUAGUUCCCAACAAAAUGAGCUAAAGGCAGCUGAUAAAUUUUUAUGUGAUAAAGAACAGAAGAUUGAAGAAUUGAUUAUAUUUCCUAAAUACAGCUUAGACAAUAACAGCACUUCAGAUUUUCAAAAAACUUCUCUUGGGAAGCAGUUGGAUCUCAUUUUGCAAAAAUCUCCUGAGGCUUCCCCUAAUUUAAAUCAAAAGCGGAUGGAUAAUUCUUCAGAAAAUGAAGAGAAAUGUGUAUCUAAUGUAUUAGAUUCUUCUAAUGAAAAAGAAGAAUUAGGUCUUUUAACCUUAAGAGAGGAAUUACAGGAAUUGAAAGCUGAUGUUUUGGAACUGGAAAAAAGAAAAUCAUUUAUUGAAGAAGAAAACUAUAAUUUAAAUAAUCAGAUAUCAAAUUUGAAGGAUCAAAAUAAUAACUUAAGAUCUCAGUUGGAUUCAAUGGAGCAGCACCUUGCUUCUGUAGUAUCUCAGAAUAAUUCUCUGCAAUCAAAAUUAGCCAAACUUGAAGUAGAAAUUACUGUUGUAUCUUCUCAGAACAAGACACUUGCAUCUCAGAAUUCAGCAUUUCAAACACAAGUUUCAAAUCUUGAAGAACAAGUGAAAAAGGCAAAUCAGCAGUAUGCAGAAUUAGACAACAGAAACAGGUGCAUGGCAGCUGAUCACGAAUCUCUUCAACACCUGCAUGAGCAGUUAACCAAUGACUAUGAAUCUCUGGCAAAAAUCCAUAGUUCUCUUAAAUCCCAUCACAAGAAUCUAAGAGGAGAAUAUAAUGAUUUAAAGGUGGUACGCAUAUUUUUUAUACUGGGUUACUCUUUUUCUCCUUCUUAUAUGUCUUGGCUUUG